UGAUAAUUAGCGCUCAGUGCAUUUAGUUGACCAUUGCCCCAGACUGCAGCGCUUGAAAGUAAAAGUUGCUUGCGAGCUCUCAUCCGGUGUCAACCCGCCUUUACAUAGAGAAUUAUGGGUUGCAUAACUGUAAGCACAACACACUGUAUUUAAGAGUUAUUUUGGUUAUUUUAUAUCUGUCAACAAAAUAAUAUAACCAUAAUAAUUUCAAACCUCAAAAUUUGUAUUGUUUUCAACAUUUGGUAAAAGUAAACUGUAUCUUUUGGUAUAGCAACUUGAAAACCUGAUCAUGGAAAUCGCUAUCUACAAUUAAAAUUAGAGUAAGCUGAUAAAUAAUGAAAUUGUGUAGGUCCUUUUACCCUGUGCAGUAUAAAAUUUUUAAAAGUCACAAUGACCUACAAGAGCUUACAUACCCCAGAUGGCACCACACCUGGUGAAACCUUCUUUUCCAUGUUAGCUCCAUUGCUUGCUGCCUUUACUUCAUUUGUAUUAAGUCCCCUAGCAAAAAAGUACAUCAGUUCCAGCAACUUACUGCAAUUUGCCUUAACAUUUGUGAUGGUUGUUUUUCUUGGUAUUCUAACUUAUACCCUAUUAACUGAUUACCUCUAUAAGAUAUCAACAACUUUUAUUAUUAUAUUAGCUAGCUAUGCAUUAUUUGGCAACAGGGAUUUUAAUAAAAUUAGUCCAACCAACAAAACAGACUAUAUCACAAAUCAUAGAUCUCUCAUGUUCCUCUUGACUAUGAUAAUAAUUCUUGCAGUAGAUUUCAAAAUAUUUCCUAGGAGGUAUGCUAAAACAGGUUGUUUUGGUUAUAGCCUGAUGGAUGCAGGUGUAGGUUUGUUUAUAUUCUCAAAUGGAAUUGUUUCUCCUGAAGCCAGAAGGAAAAAGGAAACUAUAAAAAAAUCUAUAAGAGAAUCCCUUUGCUUGAUUUUUUUAGGUUUUAUUAGGUUAGUUAGUACAGUUUACACCUCUUAUACAGUUCCAGUAUCAGAAUAUGGUGUUCACUGGAAUUUUUUUAUUACACUGGCAAUGUUAAAAGUAUUUUCCUCCUUUAUUCUAACCAUUUUUAGUAUUGAUUAUGUUUAUUUAAAUGCAACAUUGUUAAUUAUAGCACAAGAAGUAUUGUUGGAAAGUGGAUUAGCUAUGUUUGUACUUGAAAAUACUGAAAGAACUAAUUUAAUAAAAGCAAAUAAAGAAGGUUUGGUAUCCAUGGUAGGCUAUUUGGCACUGUACUUAUAUUCUGUGUAUUUUGGCUACAUUAUAAACAAACAUGAAAAAAUAUCACAGAAAGUAUUAAGGUGUAUAAAAUAUGCUAUUUUAUCAUUAGUACUUCAUGCAAUUUUUACUCAUUACUUUGGCACUUCAAGAAGACUAGCAAAUGCUGGAUAUUGCUUUUGGGUUCUUUUCCUAGGCAUUUACUCAACAGUUUCUCAUUUUCUAGUACAAGAAUACCUUUUAGAUAGAUCAAUGCUUUCAUCAUUUCUCUUUUAUGCAAUAAAUUAUAAUGGCCUUGUAUUUUUCUUACUAGCAAAUGUACUAACAGGACUUGUGAAUUUGUCAAUAGAUACAAAUUCUGUAGGUUCAAUACCCACAUUAGUUAUACUUACAAUCUAUAGUUUAAUUUGUUGUGGAGUUGUCAGUAUGCUGUAUAAUAAAAAAAUUAAAGUGAAGAUAUAGUAAUGCUUCCUUAGUAAAUGGCUAUCUCAAGCAUAAUGAUUCUAUUUUAGAGUACUGUUUAUCUAUAGAACUAUAAAUGGCACUAGCUGACUUUAAAAUGAUGAUGAUAAUAUUGCUUCUAUUAUACUUCAUACACAAGAAUAUGCUGUGAGAAAAUCCCAUUCUUAAAUUAUUGGUCUUGAUAAAGUUGCCUUCACCUAUAUGCCACCAGAUGUUUGACAUAAUAAGUUUUUAGCAAAUAUAUUAGAUAUUUAUAUUAUUUGUUGUUUUUAUAUUUACUAUCAUUAUUUUCUUUACUUAACAUUUGUAAUUUUAUACAAUGAAAUAUUGUAAUAAAUGUUGAAAUUUAAUAUAUUAUGUACUCUUAAUUAUUAUUAUUUUUGCAUGGAUAUAUUAGGCAAUGUGUCCAUGCAAAUAUUCACUAUGUGGUACAUAGCAGCCAAGUGGCAUUUACGUCAAUAUUGAUAAAUUCAGGCCAAAAGAAAUUAGCAAUCAC